UGGUACUUACAUUGUCCCAUCAAAUCCUCAUAGCUACUCUGUGAGCUGGGUAAUGUGAUUAUUCUCUUCUCCUUGAUGGGGAAAUGGAAGUUCUAGAGCAGAGGUUGGCCCCUUACAGUCGGUGGACUAAGUCCAGCAACUCUGCUGGGCAUGCGAAUAAAGUAUUCUUGGAACACAGUUGUACUUCUUCGUCUGCAGCCGUUUCGAUGCCACAGUGGCAGAGCUAAGUCCUUGCGACAGACACCAUGUGGCUGCUGAGCCUGAGAUACUUGCGAUUUGAUCCUUUACAGAAAAGGUUUGCUGCCGCCCACCUUGCUUAUAGGAUCUUUUCAGAAAAAGGCGGGGCUGGGCUGUGACCCCGGGCAGUUGGACAGCCGCCUGUUUGUACCCCGCGCUUGUCCUCUUGGUGGCAGCACUGGCUUCGUGAGCGUCAGACUAUACAGCCACACAGAGCUGGGUGUGCAAGGACCCCAACCUCGGCUUAAUGCUCUGCUUCACUGGUGUGGGAUGCUCAACUUUCUUUAGACCAAGGGCGCUGCAUUUCCAUUUUACACCGGAAAUCAUAUAAGUAAUUCUGCUUACAAUUGCAGCCACUCCUUUUUUCCCCCCUCCCAAUAUUGGGGCAUGAGCCCAAGGCUCUCACGCUGAGCAACUCCACUGGCCCUUUUAUUGUGAGACAGGGUCGGUCAACUCACUACAUUUCCAGACUGGGCUCGAGCUUCCAGUCCUCCUCCCUCAGCCUCUCCGAGCGCUGGGAUGGCAGAGGUGAACCACCACAGCCACUGAACAGCCAUGCUCACCGAGGAGCUGACUGAAGACCGGCCCCUCGGCCUCCCGGCACCUUCAUGUAGUCACCAGCUGGGGUCUGGCCCAUGGGCCAUCGGGGGCCCUGGCUGCUACACCUCUUUCCUCGGCUCCCAUCCCAAAGACAAGCCGAGGUCUUUGCCUCCCCCUUGCUACUCUAGUGAGUUUACACAUAGGCAUCAGGUGAGAGAUGAGAGGAGAGGAUUUGGUUGUGAUCGGGAGGGGCCUAUAUAUCUUUGCUUAGAUCCAUUUCUUCUUUCUUUACUCAGAUCUAUGUUAGAGGGCUCUCAGGCAGCUCAGUCCCUUAAAUAUACCACUUAAAACACUGCUACCUGAUUAGCUUCUCGUUUUUUGUUUUUGUUUUUUUUUUUGAUACCAGGGAUUGAACUCCGGUCUUUGCGCUUGCAAGGCGGGCCACCAAACCGCUGAGCUAAAUUCCCUGCCCCGCUUCUUGUUUUUUAGAAUGAGGACCUGAUGAUAUGCUCUCCCAUUAUGUCUUUGCCCAUGAGCAGGACUUGAUUGUCAACCACCGUUUCUUUGCUCUUGCCCUUUUCUCCUCCUCAACCACCAUCUUCCUGGUACUUGUCACAACCUCUCUGAACAGUUUGCCUCCUUCAACUGCCUGUCCCUGGGAACUGCUAGCUCGGCCUUGAAUGUGACUCUGCAGUAAAUCUCACAAGAUAAACACCUGGACAGCACAAAGGGACCAAAGACGUGCUUAUCCAAAAUGUACACACAGCUGCCGGAAGGGGCAAUGCCAAACCAGGGGCCUCAGAGCCCAGAACAGCAGAUCGAGUUGUGACAGCUCUCAAGGGGGAAAGCCCCUUCCUCAUCAGGUAGAAAUCUACCCUCGUGAGAUGUAGCACAACCACCGUGCUGGCCUCCCUUGGUGGCUGUGAGGACUGAAGGUUCAGGAAGAUGACACUCACCAACAUAAAGCGCAAUCAUUUCCUGCCAAGAUGUCCUGCCAGCAGAGCCAGAAGCAGUGUCAGCCCCCUCCCAAGUGCCCUCCUAAGUGCCCCCCCAAAUGCCCACCCAAGUCCCCCUGUCCGCCUCCAGUGUCUUCCUGCUGUGGCUCCAGCUCCGGGGACUGCUGCAGCUCUGGGUGCUGUGGCUGCUGCCUGAGCCACCACAAGCCCCGCAGAUCUCUUCGACUUCGACACCGACACCAGAGCUCUGGCUGUGGCAGCAGUGGAGGUAGCGGUGGCUGCUGUGGCAGCAGUGGAGGUGGCAGUGGCUGCUGUGGCAGCAGUGGAGGUGGCAGUGGCUGCUGUGGCAGCAGUGGAGGUGGCAGUGGCUGCUGUGGCAGCAGUGGUGGUAGCGGUGGCCAACAGUCUGGGGGCUGCUGCUGACCUGGGCCACGAAGAGCACCAAGCGGCAGAAUUAGCAGAAGACCUGUCCAGCCCGAGGAGUCUCCUGUCCUGUUUUCCAGCAGGAGCACUUCUGAGAUGCUUUGACAUUCUCCCGCCUGCCUCUGUUCACCCACUGUGGUAUCUAUCUCUGAUGUCCUCUGUCCCUCUUACAGUUCUUGGCGCACGAGGUGUGGAAAUUCAGUUCUGAAGCUUUCUUCUCUGCAACAAUAAAGCUUUUUAUUUCUGAUGUCCCUGCCUCCUGGUUAUGCUCUGUUCACUUUCCCUGCUCCCCACCCUGACAUUAAGCCAUCUCCCUUCCCUUCUUUUAAGUGCAAGUGAGCACUUAAAGACAUCUGUCUGGGAAGCGCAUUUUGGCUUAGACUUCCAGGGAAUAUUUCCUUUAAUGCUCUGGAUCUGGGAACUUCAAAAUUGAAGGGAAAAGUCAUGCCUGAGACCAGUGUGCCAGACACAAGCUCACACGAGGGGAGAGG